GGCGGGGGGCGGGCCCCGCGCGGGGAGGUUCCAUUCGCCCUCGGCACGUCACUCCCAAACUUUUCCUCCCUGCGCUUCUCGGGCAAGUCAGGUUGACGCGCCCUGGAUGCGGGGCUCCGGGCGCGGGGCUGGGCGCGCUCCCGCGGAAGCCGGAGCGGCGGAGGCUUCCGGGCUGGCGUCGGGCUUUUCAGGUAAUCUGGAAGUUUUUGGAGUUUGCUCCGGAGGAACACAUGAUGUAAGAGUGAAGACCCUCUGUGGUGACGUGCCGAUCCGUCCAUCCACCAGAUAACCAUGACCUCUCUUAAUCUCUCAUGUGUCUCCAUGGUUUCCAGUGAUACUGCUCCCACCUUUUUGGGUACCAUGGGUAACACCUGAACUAGGCAGACUUGUACUCGAACUUGUGACCACUUCUGUGUCGCAGUGGCUUGCACAGAACAUAGACAGUUGGAGAGUGCUUCCUUUUAUCAUCUUGAAGAACUGAACCAAAGAAUUUGCUUUCCUGUUCCCUAGUGUGUUGGUGUCUGCUCAUUUUCACAUUAGCCUAGCCUCUGAUGCUUGGGCCUUUCUGACCAUCUUAUGGAAUCUUGGGACAUCUAACUUACAGUUUUCCAGCACAGCUCACAUGCAUAGACAUUCCUUGGGGGUUUGCCCUAGGCUUGCUAAGCCAGCCGCCCACGGGCACUAUCAUGAGGCACUGCAUUAAUCCCUGCAUACAGUUGUUACCUGACGGCACACAUAAACAGCAAGUCGGCUGCCAAGAAGGCCCUCAUCACAGUCACCAGGUGUGCCCCACGUGCAAAGGAGAGAACAAAAUUCUGUUUCGUGUAGACAGUAAGCAGAUGAACUUGCUUGCUGUUCUCGAAGUGAGGACUGAGGGGAACGAGAACUGGGGUGGGUUUUUGCGUUUUAAGAAGGGGAAGCGAUGUAGCCUGGUAUUUGGACUGAUAAUAAUGACCUUAGUCAUGGCUUCUUACAUCCUCUCUGGGGCCCACCAGGAGCUUUUGAUCUCAUCCCCUUUCCAUUAUGGGAGCUUUCCCAGUAACCCCAGCUUGAUGGACAAUGAAAACCCCAGUGACAUGAAAGAAUAUCAUCACCAACCCUUUGUAAAUAACAUUUCUUAUGUGAAGGACUAUCCAAGCAUUAAAUUAAUUAUCAAUAGUAUCACUGCCAGGAUUGAGUUCACCACCAGACAGCUCCCAGACUUACAAGAUCUCAAGAGGCAGGAGUUGCAUAUGUUCUCAGUAAUCCCCAACAAAUUCCUCCCCAACAGCGAGAGCCCCUGUUGGUACGAGGAGUUCUCGGGGAGGAACACCACCGACCCCUACCUGAGCAACUCCUACGUGCUCUACUCGCGCCGCUUCCGCUCCACCUUCGACGCCCUGCGCAAGGCCUUCUGGGCGCACCUGUCGCACAUGCGCGGCAAGCACUUCCGCCUGCGCUGCCUGCCGCGCUUCUACAUCAUCGGGCAGCCCAAGUGCGGGACCACCGACCUCUACGACCGCCUCCGCCUGCACCCGGAAGUGAAGUUCUCGGCCAUCAAGGAGCCGCACUGGUGGACCCGGAAGCGAUUCGGAAUUGUCCGCCUGAGGGAUGGGCUGCGGGACCGCUACCCUGUGGAAGAUUACCUGGACCUCUUUGACUUGGCUGCACACCAGAUCCAUCAGGGACUGCAAGCCAGCUCUGCAAAAGAGCAGAGCAAGAUGAAUAAGAUCAUUAUUGGAGAGGCCAGUGCCUCCACCAUGUGGGAUAACAAUGCCUGGACCUUCUUCUAUGACAAUAGCACAGAUGGUGAGCCGCCAUUCCUGACCCAGGACUUCAUCCAUGCCUUUCAGCCCGAUGCCAAACUCAUUGUCAUGCUCAGGGACCCUGUGGAGAGGUUGUACUCAGAUUAUCUCUAUUUUGCAAGUUCGAAUAAAUCUGCAGAUGACUUCCAUGAAAAAGUGACAGAGGCUCUGCAGCUGUUUGAAAAUUGCAUGCUGGAUUAUUCCCUGCGCGCCUGUGUCUACAACAACACCCUCAACAACGCCAUGCCUGUGAGGCUCCAGGUCGGGCUGUAUGCCGUGUACCUUCUCGACUGGCUCACCGUCUUCAGUAAGGAGCAGUUCCUCAUUCUGCGCCUGGAAGACCACGCCUCCAAUGUCAAGUACACCAUGCACAGGGUCUUCCAGUUCCUGAACCUGGGGCCUCUCAGUGAGAAGCAAGAAGCUUUGAUGACCAAGAGCCCAGCCUCCAACGCCCGGCGUCCUGAGGAUCGCAGCCUGGGGCCCAUGUGGCCCGUCACACAGAAGAUUCUGCGGGACUUCUACAGGCCUUUCAAUGCCAGGCUGGCCCAGGUCCUGGCCGAUGAAGCGUUUGCUUGGAAGACACCGUGAAACACCGAGUCCUGCUGCAGCUGCUGGACUCCAUCAUUGCCAUGACUUGAGAAGUCUCUCUUGAUAGGAAGCCAUUCAGUCACAGUAUGGAGGGGACCCGGGUUUCUCCCCAGGCACCUGUUUGUUACAGCCAUUCCAGAAUUUCCCCUGCCACACUUCAAGCUCAGCCCUUGACCCGUCCCACAGCUUCUCCACCAGAGGCCGAAGCAGAGAACACUUCAACGGGAAUUCACUUUUCCCAGAGCACCUGGAGCUCAGGGAUGGGAGGCUGGCACCAUGCCAGACACAGAGAGGCCGUCUCAGGAGGACACAGCCCCGCCCUGCCCACUGAGCCCCUCCUGAGGGGUUCCACAAACUCUGGGAUCCCGCUAAGUAAGCUUGAGGCCGUGCUCCAGGUCUCCUCUGCUGACACUUCAGAUGCAGUUUGGAAACAUGCUGUCUAGAGCCUCUUUCUUUUUUGAAAUCUUAUUCUCAAGUCAGCCCUUCAGUGACAUCAGAAAUAAGCCCUGUUCACUCCACUCUUCCCAAGAAGAA